AUUGCAAAAAAAAUAUUUAGGAUAUAUCCGAUGAGCUGCCGCGUUCUAAUUGUUACUUUGGGAACCAGCGGUAAGUAGCGGAGGACCUCUGCCCGUCAAGCUACAGGUUGGUGAUCGCGGUCAGCUAGGCUACGACGGGAUCCGCAUUGUCGACGGAGGCAAUGAUCACAAACUUCUACUUCCGGACUCUCCGCUACGAUUUAGCGUCACUUUUAUAGAAUCGUUUAAAACCGUAGCGUUGUCCAUCUCCUUACUCAUCUCUGUGUUUUAUAUUAAACUUUCGUCUCUUUGGUCAUGAAGAUUGACAAUUGUUGUGACGCUUUGUAAUAUUUGUUUUUCCACUUUGAUCUCGAUUGUUAUGAUCAUUUGGAAUUUCUUGUGUGAUCUUAAAGAGAUUUUUUGUUUUGUGCCAAAGUCGAUUAAGGUUUGGGUAUAAAGAUCAAGCAUGGGCGAUAUAAAAGCCUUUGUACACCAAUGGUGCUCAAAAAAUGGCAAGGAACCACAAUUCGAUACCAGGCCGACAGGUCCUAAACAUCGGCAGCGUUUUCUUUGUGAGCUACGUGUUCUUGGAUAUGAUUAUGUUGCCAUAGGCAAUUCAACGAAUAAGAAAGAUGCAAUGGGCAAUGCAUCUCGUGACUUUACUAAUUAUCUGAUUCGUUCAGGAAUUGUUAAUGCAAAUGAUGUACCGCAAGAUCAUAAUAUGCCACCUGUUCAAGCUGCAACGCCGACAAAUGUAAAAGCUGAUCCAGGAACUCCAGUUAAAUCAGUAUUUCAAAAUGGCUUGGGUCCCAAUGAUAUAGGUCAAGCAUAUAGACCUUAUAAUGAGAGAGGUCAGGGAAAUUAUACAUAUAUUGAUCGAAUUGCGGAACAGAAAAAGGUUGAAGAAGCUGAAGAUGUGGAUGUCAAUUCUGGUAUUCAUGGGAAUUGGACAAUUGAGAAUGCAAAGUCAAAGUUGCAUCAAUUUAUGCAGAUUAAUAAAAUUAAUGCUGAUUACAAAUAUACCCCUGUUGGCCCAGAUCACACAAGGAGCUUCAUGGCUGAAAUGUCAAUCUACGUAAAAGAACUUGGGCGAUGUGUUACUGGUCGCGAGACGGGUUCUAAUAAACAAACAGCGUCAAAGAGCUGUGCAUUGUCGCUGGUUAGACAAUUAUAUCAUCUUGGUGUCAUCGAAGCAUUCAGUGGCACUUUGAAAAGCAACAAAGACGCCGAACAAAUUAAGCCCUAUCCAGUGAAAAUAUCUCCAGAAAUAAUUAGUCAAGUCCAUGAUGUGCUGGCGGGACUUGAAAUAAAGCCAAUCGACGUAAAAGUAGCUGAACCUGUCGCUACACCGACACCAGAAACUAAACCUCCGUCAUCUACUCCUGGAAUAUCUUUAAUAACAAAUCACGUUCUUGAUGAUUUUAUAUCAUCAGUACCUCAACCAGCAGGAGUUGUUAGUUGGUCUCCACCUCAGCAAAAUUGGAAUCCCUGGACAGGAUGUAACAUCGACGAAGGUCCUCUGGCCACCAUUUCCUUAGACGUACUAUCAGAAGACAUUUCAAAUGAUCACAGGCAAAGAUUAAAUGAUGAUACUGCUUUACAAAAAAGUUUAAAGGAGCGAUCGAACUUGCCUGUCUUUGCAAAGCGCAAUGAAAUCAUGAUGGCUAUUAAUGAUAAUCCAGUUAUUAUUAUUCGCGGUAACACUGGCUGUGGUAAAACUACUCAAGUCUGUCAAUUCAUCUUGGAUGAUUAUAUAUCUUCUGGCCAAGGUGCAUACUGCAGUAUUGCUGUAACGCAACCAAGAAGAAUUUCAGCUGUUUCCGUAGCUGAUCGGGUUGCUAGUGAAAGGUGCGAAAGUAUUGGUCAGUCCGUAGGAUAUUCAGUCAGAUUUGAAUCCUGUCUACCAAGACCAUACAGCAGUAUACUAUUUUGUACGGUUGGCGUUUUACUCAGAAAGUUGGAGGGUGGUCUUAGGGGUGUGUCGCACGUGAUUGUCGAUGAGAUUCACGAGCGAGACGUAAAUUCCGACUUUAUCAUGGUUGUACUCCGCGAUAUGAUUCAUAUGUAUCCAGAUCUCAGGGUGAUCCUCAUGUCAGCUACAAUAGAUACGACAUUGUUCAGUCAGUACUUCAAUAAUUGUCCGGUAAUAGAGAUUCCUGGCAGAUCAUUUCCGAUACAACAGUAUUUCCUAGAAGAUUGUAUUCAACUGACCUCUUUUGUGCCACCGACUGACUUGAAGAAGAGAAAGAAUCGUGAAGCGGAUGACCUGGGGACAGACUUUGAAGCCGAGGAGAAUUUAAAUAAAGUUAUCUCCUCGCAAUAUAGUAUUCAAACAAAGAAUGCUAUGGCCCAAAUGUCUGAGAAGGAAAUCAGUUUCGAAUUGCUCGAAGCACUACUAAGAUAUAUUAAAGACCAAGAUAUCAAUGGAGCAGUGCUUAUUUUUUUACCAGGAUGGAGUAUGAUUUUUGCAUUGAUGAAACACUUACAGCUCCAUCCUAUAUUUGGUGGAUCGAAUUACUUUGUUAUACCACUACAUUCUCAACUUCCUAGAGACGAGCAACGUAAGGUAUUCGACCCUGUACCACCAGAUGUCACGAAAAUUAUCCUGGCCACGAAUAUAGCUGAAACUUCAAUUACUAUCAAUGAUGUAGUUUGCGUCAUUGAUUCUUGCAAAGCCAAAAUGAAAUUAUUUACGUCACACAAUAACAUGACGAAUUACGCAACUGUAUGGGCGAGCAAAACAAAUUUGGAACAACGCAAGGGUCGUGCUGGAAGAGUUAAGCCUGGGUUCUGUUUUCAUUUGUGCUCAAGAGCUCGUUUCGAGAAGAUGGAUGAACACAUGACACCUGAAAUGUUUAGAACACCUUUACAUGAAUUAGCAUUGAGUAUUAAGUUAUUAAGGCUGGGAAGUAUUGGACAGUUCUUGUCGAAAGCUAUCGAACCACCUCCCAUAGAUGCUGUAAUAGAGGCUGAAGUCAUACUGCGAGAGAUGAAAUGUUUAGACGCAAAUGACGAAUUGACUCCAUUAGGUAAAAUCUUGGCUCGAUUACCUAUAGAGCCACGUUUGGGUAAAAUGAUGAUAUUAGGAUGUAUGUUUCGUGUCGGGGAUGCACUCUCCACAAUGGCUGCGAAUAGUACAACCUUUCCGGAGGUUUAUAAUACAGGACUGGAUGGGAAACGUUCAGCAGUUUCACAGAGACAAUUUGCUGGUGCAAGAUAUAGUGAUCACGUAGCAAUGAUGCACGCGUUCCAAGCAUGGGAAGAAGCCCGAUUCUCUGGUGAAUAUGCAGAACAGGCAUUUUGCGAUGCUAAAAAUUUGAGUAUUCCUACGCUGAGAGUCACAUGGGAAGCUAAAAAUCAACUACAGUCUCUACUUCAGAGUGCUGGAUUUCCUGAAGAAACUCUAUGCCCGACACCUUUGAACUAUCAAGCUGGUGCGGAUGUCCGACUUGAUACAAUUACUGCUUUAUUAUGUAUGGGCUUAUAUCCUAACGUUUGUUACCAUAAAGAAAAACGAAAGGUACUCACGACCGAGUCUAAAGCUGCUCUCAUACACAAAACUUCAGUAAACUGCAGCACCUUUGAACAGACUUUCCCAUUUCCGUUCUUUGUAUUUGGCGAAAAGAUUCGCACCAGGGCAGUCUCUUGUAAGCAAAUGACAAUGGUGUCCCCUAUCCAUUUACUUCUUUUUGGAUCACGUAAAGUCGAGUACGUCGACGGUAUGGUUAGGCUGGAUAACUGGAUAAAUUUGGAUAUGAAUCCUGAAGAAGCUGCUGCCAUCGUUGCACUAAGACCUGCAUUGGAGAGUCUUGUUGUUAGAGCAUCGAAAGAACCAACAGCCAUAUUGGAACUCAGUCCACUCGAAGACAAGGUAUUAGCUGUCAUCAAAGUACUCUGUGGUAUGAAUUCUUGUCGGUAUGAAAUGGAACCGAUUACUGGAGGUGGAUUUGGUAGUAAAAGACCACCGAGAGAAUUCUUGCAUUCUGUUCGUGAUUCUAUGGAAGGCUCUUCGUCGAAAUUCAUGCGUGGUAGUGGGGGAUAUCGUGGUGGUUACGGCGGCAGGAAUGAUUAUAGCGAUAGAAGCUAUAAUCAGGGAAACUUUAACAGAAGCGGUGGUAAUGGUUCCAGUCAUUUUGGAUAUGGCGGUAGUAGUGGUUCCAGUGCUGGCUAUGGAGGUGGUUAUGGCGGUCAGCGAGGUGGUAGAGGUUACCGAGGUGGGGAAAAUGGAAACACUUGGAAUAAUAAUAGAGGAUCUUACAGAAGGUAUUAAAUUACCUUUUUCAUCUAUCUUAAUUGAUUAUAUUUGUAUUCCAUAUGAGAAUAUUACAAAUGGUACAAUAUACUUUGUGUUAACUGUACUAUUUAGAGCAAUUAUUUAAGUAAUUAUGGUUAACGUAGAUAUGUAUUAUUUAGGUUUCUUAUAACAAACAUUUAUUAUAAUUCUCAUUUAUUUCAUAAUUCUAUAUUAGAAAGUCACCUGAACUAACGGUAUAGGCAAUAUAUAUUUUGUGUGUACUUCACCAAAGUCUCCAUACACGCAUUCACAAUAAAUGUAUGUUAUUAAAAUUUGAUUAUCUUUAAA